CCGGUGAUGAAGACCUGCUCUCCCCGUCCUCCUCCUCCUCCUUCGGGUAUGGCUUCCUCCUCCUGUCCCCAGUGCUCGGGCUGCGGGAUGGGCAGACACCUGCUGGAGGAGGGCGGGGCUACACUCACCUGUCCCAGGUACAGCCCGGAGUCCCCCGCCCCGGAGCCGCCGCUCGUCUCCCCGGGGAACAUGGGGGGAAAGCGGCUGCAGCGACUGAUGCACAACGUGCGCCGCCUGCCACAUAAAUACCAUCUGCUGGGGGGCAGCGAGCUCAAGGCGGAGGCGGACGACCAGUGUGAACUGAAAUCUGUGGGACCAGAAGAAGAUGUCAUCCCAUUACCUGCCAAGGAAGCAAGCCGGCUGGAUGAGAGCGAGCUCAUUAAAUAUUUACAAGUGGAUGUAAACACUGGACUAUCUGAGUGCUCUGUGCUCCAGCGCCGGACGAAACAUGGCUGGAACGAAUUUCAGGUGGAUAAUUCUGAUCCCAUGUGGAAGAAAUACCUGGGACAGUUCACAAAUCCCCUCAUCCUGCUCCUCCUGGGCUCUGCUCUGGUCAGCGUUGUCACCAAGGAGUAUGAGGAUGCCGUCAGCAUUACUGUGGCAAUAUUAAUCGUGGUCACCGUGGCUUUUGUGCAGGAAUAUCGCUCUGAAAAGUCUCUUGAGGAGUUAAAUAAACUGGUUCCCCCUGAAUGUAACUGUGUCCGGGAUGGAAAGCUGCAGCACCUGCUCGCUCGGGAACUUGUCCCUGGAGAUUUGGUUUGUCUGACAGUCGGUGACCGGGUUCCUGCAGACAUCAGACUGAUAGAGACAACUGAUCUCUUAGUGGAUGAAUCCAGCUUUACUGGUGAGACAGAACCAUGCAGCAAAACUCACGGAUCAGUGGAUGAAGCGAGUGGCCUCACAACUCUGAGUAACAUUGUGUUCAUGGGAACGCUUGUCCGGUAUGGAAAAGGAAAGGGAAUUGUCAUCUGUGUUGGAGAAAAAUCUCAGUUUGGAGAAGUGUUCAAGAUGAUGCAGGCGGAAGAGACUCCUAAGACUCCUUUGCAAAAAAGUAUGGACAAGCUGGGGAAGCAACUGUCCCUCUUUUCAUUUGGAAUAAUAGGGCUCAUCAUGCUGAUAGGUUGGCUGCAGGGGAAGCCUCUGCUGAGCAUGUUUACCAUUGGAGUCAGUUUGGCAGUUGCUGCUAUUCCAGAAGGUCUUCCCAUUGUGGUUACUGUGACACUGGCCCUUGGGGUAAUGAGAAUGGCCAAAAAGAGGGUGAUUGUAAAGAAGCUGCCCAUUGUAGAGACGCUGGGUUGCUGCAAUGUCAUCUGCUCCGACAAGACUGGCACUCUGACUGCCAAUGAGAUGACGGCCACCAAGUUAGUUACAUCAGAUGGGCUGCAUGCAGAGGUAACCGGUGUUGGCUAUGAUGGAAAAGGAUCUGUUCACUUGCUUCCAUCAAAUGAUGAAGUUCGAGAAUUUUCCAACGUGUCUAUCGGGAAACUGGUGGAGGCUGGCUGUGUGGCCAACAAUGCCAUCAUCUAUGGAGACAAGCUCAUGGGUCAACCGACAGAAGGUGCCCUACUAGUCCUGGCAAGAAAGAUGGGUCUCGGAGAUGCCAAUAAAAAUUACAUUCGGAAGAAGGAAAUCCCAUUCAGUUCAGAGCAGCGUUGGAUGGCUGUGAAAUGCGUGGACAUGCUGGAGAAUCAGGAAGAAGCAUAUUUCAUGAAAGGAGCAUACGAGGAGGUGAUCCAGUACUGCACCAGCUAUAACAAUGGAGGGAUGUCCAUGCCACUGACACCGCAGCAGAAAUCCCUGUAUCUGCAGGAGGAGAAGAACAUGGGGAGCCAAGGCUUGCGAGUCUUAGCUUUGGCCUUUGGUGCUGAGCUGGGAAAACUCACAUUCCUUGGACUGAUCGGGAUAAUAGACCCACCUCGUAGUGGGGUAAGUGAAGCUGUGCAGAUUUUGCUUGAUUCCGGGGUGGCUGUGAAGAUGAUCACUGGGGACGCGCUGGAGACUGCCCAGGCCAUUGGAAGAAACAUUGGCCUGUCUAAUGGACACCUGAAAGUCAUCUCUGGAGAGGAGCUGGACUGUCUGGAUGAAUCGGCCCUCCCAUCUGUGGUCACUAAGGUAUCUGUGUUCUACAGAACCAGCCCCAAGCACAAGCUGAAAAUCAUCAAGGCUCUACAGAGCACAGGGGCCAUUGUGGCCAUGACAGGCGAUGGUGUAAAUGACGCAGUUGCUCUCAAGUCAGCCGACAUUGGUGUGGCAAUGGGAAAAACGGGUACAGACGUCAGUAAGGAGGCAGCGGACAUGAUCCUGGUGGACGAUGACUUUUCUGCUAUCAUGAGUGCCAUUGAGGAGGGGAAAGGAAUAUUCUACAACAUCAAGAACUUUGUCCGGUUCCAGCUUAGCACGAGCAUUUCUGCGCUGAGUCUCAUUACAUUGUCCACCAUCAUGAAUCUUCCAAAUCCUCUGAACGCCAUGCAGAUUCUAUGGAUAAACAUCAUCAUGGAUGGACCUCCAGCUCAAAGUUUGGGUGUGGAGCCUGUGGAUAAAGACGCUAUCAAGCAGCCUCCCAGGAAUGCCAAGGAAGCAAUACUCAGCAAAGCCUUACUCUUGAAGAUCCUGCUCUCAGCUGCCAUUAUGAUUAGUGGGACGCUCUUUGUCUUCUGGAAAGAGAUUCCUGAUGGGAAAGUGACCCCAAGAACCACAACAAUGACAUUCACUUGUUUUGUGUUUUUCGACAUGUUCAACGCCUUGGCUUGUCGGUCACUGCAUAAAACAAUCUUUGAGAUAGGUGUUUUCAAGAACCGGGUGUUCUGGUACUCUGUGAUUGGCUCAAUCCUGGGUCAGAUGGCAGUCAUCUACAUUCCUCCCCUGCAGAAAGUGUUCCUGACACAAAACCUGCAUGUACUGGAUCUACUUUUCCUCACUGGUCUGGCAUCCUCAGUCUUUGUGGUGUCAGAGCUGAUUAAAUUCUGCGAGCAGUGCUGCUGCCGGAAGAAGACAGUGAAAGUCCUAGAAGAAGAAAUCUAAAGACGAUCAUGUUAUUCUUGUCGCCCCACCCUGUCCAGCACUGUGACCUGCCCCCCACAAUGUGCACAACGCCGUCCGCUAUAUUAUGUACCGUAUUUAUGUAAAGUCAACACUGCUGUGUUCAUGGGAGAAAACAUUUUACAGACAUGAAACCUGGAAAGACUAAAACAAGACGUCACUGCUCCCCAGACAGGAUGAAAGACCAUCAUUUUUUUGUAUUUUACAAUUCAUUUGCAAUUAAAGACUAAUCAUUUAUUUUUUAAAUAACUUAAAAGGCCGGGAGUCAGUACAAUCCUGCCCUCUGCAAGCCACCAGCUCCCACAGAGGGAGGACUUAUGUGGAGACAGGAUAAUCAGUGAGAAGGCACAUGCACACAACUGUACGUAACUUCUAUUGUCCAAAAAAAAGGUGUCAAAUCAGACAAAUUAAAUGGUGGCUGCUCAGUCGGAUGCCAUAGAGCUAUAAGGCAUAUCCCUAUAUAAGAUAUAUAUAUAUAUACACACACACACACACACACACACACACACACACACACACACACACACACACAUACCCACACAGAUAUUAUACAGCUCUGUAUUAGGAAACAGUCCCCAUUCACACACACCUGCCAUCUGGAUGAGCACUAGUGCUAGGACCACAAUCUAGGAGAGCUCUCAUACAACAGUAAGGCUGCUUUCACACCACAUUUCAGCCUACGGCUGCCGGAUCCGGCUGGGGAGGGGAAAACCAUGCGCUCCCAUACCCCAGCAAGACAGGCGCUGAAUUCCAUUGACUUUAAUAAGCCGACCGGAGACACUGCUUGACUCCAGUCGGCUCAUUUUGACCUGUAUCCGGUUUAAAAUCCGGUCCCAGAACCGGAUGCAGGGAAGAAAUGAGCCAAUCGGAAUCAAAUGGUGACUCCGGUCGGCUCAUUAAAGUAUAUGGAUUUCAGUGCCAGUCCAGCUGGGGUAUGGGAGCGCAUGGUUUUCCCCUCCCCCAGCCUGAUCCAGCAGCCAUAGGCUGAAAAUGUAGUGUGAAAGCAGCCUUAUACAGCUUUACUGCUUUUUUUUUCUUUAUUCAAUCUAAGGCCCUGUUCACACCACUAGGAAAUUCUGUGUGAAAUCCAUUUACUGCAGCCUCCUAAUGAUUUUCCUGCUUCGCUCACCUGUCGGAAGUUCCAUAGUGGAAUUUCAGGCAAGGAAUUUUAUUCUGCCGGAAGAUAUAACAUGUUCAGAAUCUGCUUUCGGUCAACAGGACAGCAUUUAUAUCUGCAGCAAUCUGCCGAUUCCAGACAAGGUGGAUCCACAAAUUUCUUCAGUGUGAAUGGACCCUAAGGUGAUUGAUCUGCCAUAUUCACACACAGUACAAUAGUAGUGGGGGGGCUCUUGUGGGCAAUACAUGUCACUGCCGCAUCACUACAAGUGACAGCUAACUCCAGCACCAAAAUAGAACCCAAACACCUGAAGCAAGGGGAGAUAUUAUAGUGUGAAAUAAUUUAAUAAAAUUGUUGUUCUAUAAAA